GUCGAACCGAACUGUCAGAUAUUUAUUACCACGAAACGACACUUCGACACACUAUCUACACGUUUUUUUUAUAAUGUCGAGUAAUUGGACAAACAUACGGUAUUCAAUCUAAAUUGCAUACGAAAAUGACCGAGGAUCAAGAUGCCAAGGAUCCACAGUCAGAUUCCGGCACCAAGACGUUUACCGUUAGGAACAAAGACAAGAAAACGAAAACUCAACGGCCCCUGACCAAACUUAUACUUCGGCGGUUACCACCAACUAUGACAGAAGAGGCAUUUUUAGAACAAGUGUCACCCAUUCCAGAGCACGAUCAUUUCUAUUUUGCAAAGCCUGAUCCAUCUCUGGGACACAAUGUGUACUCGAGAGCGUAUAUAAACUUUGUCAACGUCGAGGAUAUUUAUCUUUUUAGAGAUAAGUUUGAUGGCUACAUUUUUCUCGAUGAGAAAGGAGUUGAGUAUGUUGGCAUAGUGGAAUAUGCCCCAUUUCAGCGAAUACCAAAAAAGAAAAAAAAGAAAGACCCAAAAUGUGGAACUAUUGACAGUGAUCCUGUUUAUCAAGAAUUUUUAGAAAAUCUUAACAAGGAUCAAGAAACCGAAAAUCAGCCAAAACUUGAAUAUUCAUAUCCAGUUAAUGAUGCGAAUGAAAAGAAGGUGCAAUCUACUCCAUUGUUAGAAUACCUAGCAGCACGUAAACAGGAUAAGCGAGGGCGUGACGAACGUCGUAGAAGGGAAAAUGACAAACGGAAAAUGAGGAUUGAAAGGAAAACAAAAGACAUACCCAUAAAGAGACCUGGUGAUAUAUCAGAAGAUGAAACAUAUAAUGAAAAUUGUGAUUACUGUGAAAGUAAACAUAAGAAUUUUUGGUUUGGAGAACAAAGAGUAUACCAUAAAAGUAAAACGAAAUGCACUCUUGUUAAAACUGAAUUUAAAUGUCAUGGUUCAGAUGAGUUUAUUAGUACAGAUUCAGAUUGGGACACUCAGUUUCCCGCAUUAUCUAUGAAAACACAUAAUACAUUUACUCUAACUUCUGGUAAAAUUUGUGGCAAAGAAGAGUUGAUUCAAGAAGGUAGUCAAAAAAGUGCUGGUGAUACAUGUUUCAAGGAAGAGGAAUUCGCAGAUAGCGAAGUCAAGAAGAUUAAAUCAAGAGAUUGGGAAAAAGAAAAGCCUUUAACUGAUAGUAAAGAAGAUUCAAAAUCUGAAAAUAAAGAUGGAACUAUAUUUGAAUCUAAGGCUUACAGGGAUCAACGUAAGACUGGGAGUAAUCUUGUCAUAGAUAAAAAGAAAAAGAUGGAUAGUGAUAAGAAGGAGAGUACUAGUAAAGAUGAUGAUCAAGGUGAAGACUCUGACAAAGGGUUUAAAAAAGAAAAACGAGAUAAAUAUAAAGAGUCACCUCGUGAACUUAAAAGCAAAAAGUAUAGUGACACAAGGAAAGUCAAACAGACUGAAUUUAUAAAAUCGGAAAAACAAUCAGUAAUAAGUAAAAUUAUGUCAUCAGAAGGUAAAACAAAAACUCUUAAUCAUGACGAUAUCAAACCUUUCACCCAGUUGCCUCAGGUGAAAACUGAUGACCUUGCAAAGAUAAUUGAUGGUAUGGAUAGAAAAUUAAAACUAAAUGAAAUAGAUUCAAAAGUAGAAAAAGACUCGGAAGACUUAUCAGAAAAUAAUGUUAUUGGUAUAACAAAAACUAGAAGAAGUAGUUUAGAAUCUGGUGAGUUGCCGGUCAAAGAGGAAUCUACAUUGAAAAGGCAAAAAUCUCUUGAAGACAGAAGCAAAUCGACUGACAGGGAAGGGUCUGAGGAAAAAGAAAAAAGUGAAAGUACAGACCGUCGAACUGAAAGGAGAAUAAGAAAUAAGGAUCGUCCAAGCCUCGUCAUAUACCAACCAGGCAUGGGUAAGUUCAGCAAACAACGGCUAGCAAAAGAGAAAGAGCAGCCGCCGGCCACUGCAAAACCAAUAAAUGAUAGUGAAAAGAAAGAUACCUGAAAUAUCUGUCAAUAUAUCCGAAAUUUGGACACCAUUCGAUGGAAUCACCUUAAGCUGGCAUUCAAAACAUGUCCUUGCUGAUGCUGUAGAAGAGGUCAUUUGAAUUUGCCAACUGAGGGAAACAUGUUCGCGUUUAUAAAAAGCUGUUGUUUAUAUUGAUUUAAUUUACAUUCAGUGAUGAAAUCCAGAUAUUUUGUCGUUAAUUUCAAUCAGCGUAGCGUUUAUUGCGUCAUAAUUUUAGCUCGUGACCAUUUAAUUCAGUUUCUUUAUUCAUUUAAUAUAAUUCAUUUUUUUAAAUUUGGGA